AUGGAGGAACUGCAGGCCAAGCAUCGCAAGGAGCAACGGGAUAUUCAGGCUCGAAUAACGCAGAAAAAAAAGAAUGCCACAAAGAAAACUCGCAAAGGCGUGAACGACGAGUGUGAUCGACUGCAGCAAGAACUGAAUGAAAGACACAAGCUCGAAAUCGCACAGCUGAACGGCGAUCCUGUUUCAGAGGGCCUAGACAAUAUUCAUCUCGACGAUAAUGAGGAGUCAACAGCUGCGACACCUAUGAACACUACAACAGAGCCAUCCUCCCCACCCGGCGAUACGAGGAGCAAAAGAGACGAACCCGCACCUGUACAAACCAAAAAACCGAAUCGUCAAAAAGCGCGAUUAGCUCGACGAGAAGCGGAACGAGUAGCACAAGCCGAAAUCGCCGCUGAAGAAGCAGCAAAGCAGACCGACCAUCGCGGGAAUGAGAAGGAGAUCAUGGAAGCAGCUUUUAGACAACGCGGACUACAAGAGAUUGAAAUAAAUCCGGAUGGACAUUGUCUUUAUUCCGCUAUUGCAUGUCAACUGGAUAGCUUAGGACUCGGUCUGAGACCGGAUCCCUCACGGAUCGUCCUUCAGCCAGCUACGCUCUCGCGCGUUGAUACGGUGACAUCACCUAAGCAUGAUGGUUAUAGGGCUGUGCGAGCGGUGACGGCGGAUUAUAUUACGGAACACCAGGAUAAUUUCGUCCCUUUCAUGGAAGAUCCACUGGAUGAAUACGUCAAAAAGAUACGGCUGACAGCUGAAUGGGGCGGGCAACUGGAGUUACACGCCAUCUCCGAAGCUUACGGCGUGGAAAUAAACAUCCUGCAGGGCGACGGUCGAGUGGAGAAAAUCCAACCUGCAUCGCUAGAGACUGACGAUGAAGUUAAACGGAUUUGGCUGGCCUACUAUAGGCAUACUUACGGACUAGGAGAACAUUACAAUGCAUUGGCACAGAAGACGGUCUGA